AUGGCAUUCAGCGUGGUCUUUCAUCACGAUGCUACCGAUCCGCUAGCAGUUAUCAGCGCCCCUCCCCCGAACGAAUCUUCACACGACCGAGCCGCAAGAGAAGAACGGGAAGUUGAAGCUCAAAGAAUAAGUGAUCUCAUCGACGAUGAAAUUCGCGCUGAACGAGCGGUAAGAAAGAAGGAAGAGGAAUCGGUCAAGAUCUUACUAUUGGGUCAAAGCGAAAGUGGUAAAUCGACAACUUUGAAGAAUUUCCGCAUGCGGUUUGCCCGAGAUAAAUGGAUAGAGGAGCGAGCAUCAUGGCGAGCAGUCAUACUGUUAAAUCUCGUUCGGUCUGCAAACACCAUCCUUGAUGCGCUAUCACAGGAUAUGGACGAGGAACAAGACGGACUCAAUGAUGCGUCCAAGUUCGACGAUUACUAUCGUCAAUAUAAAGUUCGCCUGAGUCCGCUGCAGGCGGUGGAGAGUAAUUUGAAACGCUUACUCGGCGCAACCCCGGAAGACAUCCAACCACGCAAACAGAAUUCUCCAACAACUCUCUCACCCUGCGGGUCAUCGGAAUUCUUUAUUCGUUCCCGGGCUUGGCGCAAUUUUAUUCAAACAACCCGAGGUCACGAGUUCUCGAAACAUUCCUUCGAGCGGGACCUACCCAAUUUAGUCGAUAACACAGAGGUGAUCGCGAAUUGCAAAGAUGACAUCAAGGCCCUAUGGAUGGAUGGUCUCAUACAGGAUAUGCUAUGGAGACGGAGAACCCGGCUCGAGGAUUCCGCUGGCUUCUUUUUGGACGCAAUCGACAGAUUGUCCGCGCGAGAUUAUGAGCCAACAGAUGACGAUGUCUUACGCGCACGAUUGCGUACGCUUGACAUCCAGGAACACGAAAUGAAACGUCAUGAGGUGUUUUCUCCUUGUUCUCUGAAUACAUUUGCAGAUACCGACGCUCCGAAAUGGAAGAUUUUCGAUGUUGGCGGCUCGCGUACACAACGACAUGCAUGGCUACCGUAUUUUGACCAAGUCAAUGCAGUCAUAUUCUUAGCACCAAUUUCGUGUUUUGACGAGCGACUUCUCGAAGACCCCCGUGUCAACCGUCUAGAGGAUUCUUUCAUACUCUGGAAGGCCAUAUGCUCCUCCAAGCUUCUCUCGGGCACGAUCCUUAUCCUUUUUCUAAACAAGAUGGACAUUCUCGAGCAGAAAAUCAGAAACGGCAUAAUGGUGAAGCGCUUUCUCCCCAGCUACGGCGACCGGCCAAAUGAGACCAAUGAUGUUGUCAAAUACCUUCGACAAAAAUUCAAAGACACGGUGAGGUACUGUUCUCCGGAGCCGCGGAUAUGUCAUAUCUACCCGACGUCCGUUACUGAUACGAAGGCGAUGGCUGUGACGCUGACUUCUGUACGCGACGGGAUCUUGCGCGAAUACCUGAAGCGGGCGGACUUGUUCUGA